AUGGCAAUUUCACCUGAGAUGGCCAAAUUGUGUGAAGCUCAAAGACUCAUCAUAGUGAAAGAAUGGUACCACGACGAGCCUCUGACUGUUCGCCAAGAAAAGAGCAUAAAAAAGGUAGCAACUCUUAAUCGCCUCCCACUCGUUCGCGUAUGUAGGUAUCGCGCUAGUAAAAGUAUAAAAGUACAAUCUUCGCAGGACUAG